AUGCGCCAUGUCAUGGCUGACGUUGUGCGGGUGUCGGCGCCCGGGAAGCUCUUGCUGCUCGGCGAGCACGCGGUCGUGUACGGCUGCCCCGCCGUGGCCACUGCGCUGUCGGAUCUGCGCGUUCACGUGAAGAUUACGCGCCUUCACGUGCCUGUAGACGUCCCCCCUAUGGUCGAAUUCGCUUGCAAAGACAUGAAAUCGUCACGGGAUCAGCAGCCGAUUCGACGGGUGUAUGAGAUCUCAGCGCUGCAAAAGGUGGUGAAGGGGCUGGAUGACGACAGCCACUACGUGCCCGUUCCAGCGCAAGUGGUGAUGAAGCGUGUUGAAGACGUACUGGAAGGCGAGACGUUGGAAGAUGCCAAGGUGAUGCGCCCGCCGCUUUUCUUGUGCUGCGCUUUGCUGCGCUCGUCGGGUAUUUUUAGCGGGAAAAGAGGAGGGCUAUGUGUUGAAAUAGCUGCGGGCAACUUGCCGGUUGGUGCAGGACUAGGCUCUUCGGCGGCAAUGGCGGUGGCACUUUCGGGGGCGUUUGCAGAGCUCUCGGGCAGCUCUCGGAAGCACGAGCUAGACUUUAUUAAUACGUAUGCUUUUGCGGCUGAAGUGAUUCUCCAUGGCUCACCUUCAGGUGUAGACAACACGGUGUCGUGCUAUGGCGGGACGUUGGUCUUUCAAAAGGAUCUGGAACCCUCGUUUCGACGCGUUUCGUGCGAGCUGGACAAGUUCCGUUUUAUGGUAGUCAAUACUCGCGUUCCUCGUUUGACAAGCGUGCAAGUUAAGUACGUCCGGAAACGCUAUGAAGCUGAUCGUGAGAAAGUGCAGAUGCAAUUCGACACGAUUCAUCAGCUUGUGGAGAAAUUUGUUGCACUCAGUACGCGAAAGGUGCUGUCCGAGGAAGUCUUAGGCCAAGAGAUUGAGCACAAUCAGAAAAUUUUGAAUGAUUUGGGAGUGGGCCACCCGCAAAUCGACGUCGUCGCGCGCAUCUGCAAGCAGUUCAACGGCGCUACAAAGCUCACUGGCGCAGGUGGUGGCGGUUGUACGAUUACUCUCUUGCCGCAAAGUUUGAGCAACGCUGACUUGUCGAAGCUUGUUAAACAGCUAGAAGCGAGUGGGUUUGAGUGUUUCACCAGUUCCAUUGGUGGUCCCGGCUUGAUUCGCCAUUCUCCAAAUGAAACGCUGUGA